AUGUCGCCAUUUGAGAUUGUUUAUGGUUUUAAUCCACUAACCCCUCUUUAUCUCUCGCCGAUUCCACAAGUUGAGCAAGUUAAUUUAGAUGGUCUCAGGAAAGGAGAGUUUAUUAAGAAACUGCAUGAGAAGGUCCGAGAGAACAUCCUCAAGAAGACUGAGAGCUACAAGAAAUAUGCUGACAAGGGACGCAAGGAGCCCGUGUUUGAACCAGGAGAAUGGGUUUGGCUACACCUCAGACCAGAGAGGUUCCCAGAUAAGAGGAGUUCAAAGCUUGCGCCUAGAGGAGAUGGCCCAUUCAAAGUCCUAGAGAAGAUCAAUGACAAUGCUUACCGCCAGGAGCUUCCUGGUGAGUUUAAUGUGUCACAUAGUUUUAAUGUUACUGAUCUAUCUCCUUAUGAAGAUGCAGAUGAACCUGUUUUGAGGUCAAAACCUCUUGAAGAGGGAGGGAAUGAUGAGGACAUCGACCCAACUAAGGUCAUAGAGAACAUACUGGUGGUCAAGGACUCACCCAUGACGCGUUCCAAGACCAGGAGACUUCGAGAAGGAUUCAAUGAAGCUGUUGAGACCCUCCUCAACACCAUGAACCUUGGAGAUUUUCUCAAUACCCCGCCGCCUGACGACAGCUGCUUGAGCAACGACGUUAACCCCUUGAGCAACACCAUUGCCCCGGAACUAGCCUUAAUGGAGGACUUUGCACGCAUGAGCCUAGAGGAGGAUCACCCUCAUUCAAAGCACUGUAAGUCUAUUUACUUGGCAGGUAAUGGAGUUCAGAACAAGUCGGAGCUUGAGGACAUGAUCAAGACCCGCAAUGUAGCAGACAAGGAGCUUAAGGAACAUGAAGACGUUUUGGGAGCUACUGAAGAGGAAACACUUGAAGAUCUUCACCAAGUCAACUCUCAAGGCACUGAAGAGGAAGACUUCAUCAUUGGACCAGCAAGGAGUGGACCCGGACCAGACAAGCUCUACUCAACACCACCUCAGCUCAACUCGCGCCAAAAGCAGAGAUCCUUCCAUCAUCUCUGUGGUGCCAUCGAUCCACCUUCGACAUCCCCUUUUCGUUCAUACAAGAGAGAGCGUGAUAGCCAGCUUGUUGAACACCGCCUCGAUUCAAGUCUUGUGGAAUCAAGCCUUGUCUUACCAUCCUCAUCCACAGAUCUAAAGGAGAGAGCGUUAAAGCCAGCCUUCAGAUCCCAUCAAUCCAUCACGUGCCAUCAGAUCUAA